AUCCAUGCUACCUAGCAGCCAACCAGCCACCAAGAAAAUCAAAGUCCUGCAAAAACACUCUUACCAACCACCAUUAAAUCCACUAAAAAACACACUAAUUUUUUAUCUACUAGAACAACCAAAAACUUCCCAAAAAUCGCAUCUUUUGAUCAAAAAUCUGCAAAUGGCGGAUAAAGAAGUGGAAAACAAGCAAAUAAUUCUUAAAUGGUACAUUGAUAGAGCUCCAUUAACAACAGACAUGGAAUUGAAGGUGGGAAAUAAAAUUAAGCUUAAAAUUCCAAAAGGGUCUUCUUCAGUUCUUCUCAAAAACCUCUAUCUUUCCUGUGAUCCUUAUAUGAGAGCUAGAAUGCGUGAAUUUUAUGGUUCUUAUCUUCCACCUUUUGUUCCUGGCAAGCCUAUUGAAGGAUUUGGCGUCUCCAAAGUCAUAGAUUCGAAGGAUCCUAAUUUCCAGCCAGGAGAUAUAGUUUCAGGAUUGACAGGAUGGGAGGAAUACAGCUUGAUAGAAGAUACAAAGAAACUAAGGAAGAUUCAGCAAGAUGACAUCCCUCUUUCUUAUCAUAUAGGUCUUCUUGGUAUGCCAGGAUUUACUGCUUAUGCAGGCUUCUAUGAAGUUUGUUCUCCUAAAGAGGGGGACCGUGUUUUUGUCUCUGCAGCUUCUGGGGCUGUUGGCCAGAUUGUUGGUCAACUUGCUAAAUUACAUGGUUGCUAUGUUAUUGGUAGUGCAGGCACAAAAGAAAAGGUUGAUUUACUGAAGACUAAACUUGGAUUUGAUGAUGCUUUCAACUACAAAGAAGAGCAAGACCUUGAUGCAGCUCUUAAAAGAUAUUUUCCUGAAGGAAUCGACAUAUACUUUGAGAAUGUCGGUGGGGCGAUGCUUGACGCUGUGCUCCUCAACAUGAGAGCUCAUGGUAGAAUAGCUGUUUGUGGGAUGGUGUCUCAGCAUAGCAAUCAUGACAAGGCAGGGAUUCACAACCUAUUUACCCUUAUCAGAAAUCGGGUAACAAUGAAAGGGUUCCUUCAGAGUGAUUACUUGCAUUUGUUUCCCGAGUUUGUAAAGCGUGUUGGGGAUCACUAUAAGCAAGGAAAGAUUGUGUACAUUGAAGACAUGAAUGAAGGAUUAGAAAGCGCCCCUGCAGCUCUCGCCGGGCUUUUCACUGGUGAAAAUGUGGGCAAACAGGUUGUCUGUGUGUCCCAGGAUUGAUUAACCUAUGUUGUUUAAUUUGAAGUAAACUAUCACAUUUGUAUAUAAUGGGUGCUGUACAUCAGGGUUUAAUCACCCCAAGUUACAAAGAAAAAUCACUCAUUUAUGAAGUUGACUUCAUGUGAUUUGAAGUGAUUAUAUAAGAACACACAAUAAUAUCUUUUAUCAAGGUCUAGCGGAUGUUAAGGUCUUGCA